AUGAGAGGAGUGGCAGUGGUGUGGGCUGGCCACUACCCAACCGGAAAGCGACGUGAGCACCCAGGAACGACACGUGUCCUAACGAGGUUUUAUGGACCACAACAUAGUACUGCAGAAGAUUUAGGAGUGCGGGCCAAAGGUGAAUGGAUCAGGUUGAGAGCUCUCACUCAGCCUGUGGGAUCCACUCAACUUUCACCUCACUGCCACUGCUUCCACACUGCCCCAUACUUGUAG